UUCUUCCGCUACAUGCGGCAGCCCAUCAAGCAGGAGCUCUCCUGCAAGUGGCUCGACGAGGGCCCGCUGAGCCGGCCCAAAAAGAGCUGCGACCGGACUUUCAGCACCAUGCACGAGCUCGUCACCCAUGUCACCAUGGAGCACGUCGGCGGCCCCGAGCAGAACAACCACAUCUGCUACUGGGACGAGUGCCCGCGCGAGGGCAAGUCCUUCAAGGCGAAAUACAAACUGGUGAACCACAUCCGCGUGCACACGGGCGAGAAGCCCUUCCCGUGCCCCUUCCCGGGCUGCGGCAAGAUCUUCGCCCGCUCCGAGAACCUCAAGAUCCACAAGCGGACUUUCGCAGGUGAGAAGCCCUUCAAGUGCGAGUUCGAGGGCUGCGACAGGCGCUUCGCCAACAGCAGCGACAGGAAGAAACACAUGCACGUGCACACCUCGGACAAGCCCUACAUCUGCAAGGUGUGCGACAAGUCCUACACCCACCCCAGCUCGCUUAGGAAACACAUGAAGGUGCACGAAUCGCAGGGCUCGGACUCUUCCCCCGCCGCCAGCUCGGGCUACGAGUCCCACGGCACCGAGCGGACGGGAGCAGACGAGCCGAGCGCCGCCCGCCGCCAUCCGGAGGGGGGCUUUUAUUAUUCUAUUAUAAUUAUUACUAUUUUUCGGCUCAUCCCGCAGAGUGCCGGGAUGAGUGGACCCGCUCGGGGUUGCUUCGGAUGCCACCUGGGCCGCGUCGAGACCGCGCCACGCCGGGAAGGUGCCG